CGCCUCCUUAUCGCUGUGGCCGGAUUGCCCUGCUCCCAGCUCUCGCUGGCCGUCCGUCUCUUCUCUCCCUCUCCUGCUUCCUCCUCGUACGCCGCUGCACCCCGAUGGCUGCCACGGCGAGCCUCACGGCCAUUGCUCCCUCCCCUCCAGCCCUCCUCAAAGCAUCCCCUCCUGCGCUUAUCUCGCUCCGGCCCGUCUCCCGCCGUUGCAAGUCCCUGUCCGUCAAGACCAAGGCCACAGAAAAUGACCAGUCUGCUAAAAAGCCUCAGAAGGUACGCAGCAUCCUUUGCAAGGACUGUGAAGGAAAUGGUGCAAUCGUGUGCACCCAAUGUGAGGGACGUGGGGUGAAUUCCGUUGACCAUUUUAAUGGCCGAUUUAAAGCUGGAGCUUUGUGCUGGCUUUGCAGAGGAAAGCGUGAAAUUCUAUGUGGGAGCUGCAACGGUGCUGGUUUCUUGGGUGGCUUUCUGAGUACCUUUGAUGAAACUUCAGACUAGGGUCGUCGGUUUUUGUUCUUUCUCUUUAAAUUGUAUUUGGAAAAAUAUAUCUAAUUUUUUAUUUGCGUUAUUUUGGAACCUGUGGGGUCAUUUUGUACCUCACGAGAAGUUUAAUAAUUGUAUUUGCUACUUUUCAUGGAAAAAAUGUAUACACUGACAUGUAGGCUUGGAUCCACCAUGUCAAACUCCACAAAGUAUGUUCCAAUUGUGCUAUUUAUUUAGAUAUGUAUAUGUCCCAUAU